AAAAACUGACUAAAAAUUCAAUAUCUCAGCAACAAAGCACCAUGGGGAUGAACCAACUUAGGGUAUUUCACUACUCACUGAGGUCUACAAGAUACAAGCAGUCCGAGUUCAAAAGCGAUUUAUAACCUCAAGAGGUUCCCUCGUAAGAUGCAUCUUGAUCAAUCUAACAGUUCAUCCUCUUCCCGUAUAAGUCAUGCUUCUUUUCUUGUUUUUAUGUAUUUUCUGCCUUCUAAUUAUCGUGUCAGUUCUACGGAAAAUGGAACCAGUUACUCUGAUCGAUAUAUCUGCAAGAGCAACCGAACUAUAAUUUCUGACACAUUCAUGGAGGACUUAGAGAAAAAAUGAUAAGAUCCGAUAGGAUCCUUCUUGGUUUAGCAUCGACUAAUAUUUCUGUAGAAUUUCUACUAGGAUUUUUUAAUCUGGAUUGCGAGAUUAGUCUUGUUUUUUUGUUAUGCAUAAUUGUUGAAUCGGAGAAUAUAGAAAAUUAAAUUUUAAACAAGUAUGACAAUGCGAUAUUAAUAAUAAACUUAUUAACUUUUAUGAAUUAAUUAGAUAUACUUUCUUUAGAAAACAAUAUUUUAUUCUUAAGAGUUUAGUUAUACUGUUUAGUUAGUUAUUUUAGUUUUCUAGAUUGUCUAUGAACAUUGAGACUGACUCGAAUCAUUUUUAUUCUUUCCAUUAAAUUACCAUAACACUAACGUUUGCUAUGGCAUAAAGUAAAUAGUUAUUAAACAAUUUUCGUUGACCACAAUUGACAAUUAAAAGUAUGUUUUAUAUCUUAUAAAAUAAAAUUUUUUUUUUUUUCUUUUUUUGAUGUCAUGAGACAAAUAGACAUUGUUCUUUACAUGACGAUAAGGAUAAUAGUGAUGAAAUAUGGAAACAGAGAAGAAGGAAAAAAAUUAAAGUUCAAUUUUUUUUUGUCACAUUAUUAUUUUAUAAUGAGUAUAGACGUUGAAUGAUGUUAGAAGAACUCGACAAUUUCAAACAAAAUUUUUUUUCCGUUUUUCUAUUCGAACCACUCAUAUAAAAAAGAAACAAGAUCAUGUAUUUUAUUUACCAAUCUGUUUAAUUUCUUUUUGAGGUAUUCCCAGAGGAUAAUCGGAUAUAUUUUCCAUCGACGACUUCAAUCUCUGUUCAAAAUAAAUCAUCUUUAGGAGAAUUAUCAAAUAGAUCAUUGCAAGAUUCAUACUCAUUAGUACCAUCAUAUAGAGAACCAAUCAAAACAGAUAAAGGUACAUACGAGAUUUGCAUUUUUCCAUCAGAAUCGAGACAGUUUUUUUAACAAUAAAUAGUCAAUAUGUUUUUCAUUCGUCUUUGAACAGAUAAAGAAGCUGAUGUCGAAAAAUUGAAGACAGAACAAUCUAAAGAUCCUGUGAAACAACCUUCUCCGAUAAGAAAAGGAUCGCAUGAAAGACCACGAUCAUUCUUAGUUAAAAGUACUCAAACUGAACAACAACAACAACAACAACAACAACAGCAGCAAAAACAUCCACAAGAAUCCGUAAGUGAUGUUAGUACAAUGACAAAUUAUGAACAUUCAAAUGAUAUUACAACAAAUUCAAGUUCAAAAAAUAAUAGCAGAGAGUUAAAACGUGAAAAAAGUCGAUCAUUACAAUCAUUACAUCAUAAUAAGGAACAUAGCUCAGAGGAACAAGAAGACGAAGAAGAAGAACAUUCAUCGAUUGACGUUGACACAACAACAAAAUUAGUAGAACCCACCAUCAUGGCAAAAAAACAUCCCCAGAAUUCUAAGCAAUUAAACGGAAAACCACAAAUAUCGAAAUCUUCAUCAAUGAUUGUCAAAAAACAUUCCAAUUAUCAUCCCACUAAUUCAUUGAAUAUCUCUUCUAGCGGUGUUAAAAUUGCUGUAAAUGAUUUUGAGUUAAAGUCAUGGGAAGCAUUUUUAAAUUAUUUAAAUAAUCAUCCAAGUUUAUCAUCAACAUCGGGUGGUAUACAACAUAUUUACGAUAUGAAUGGAAAUGAAAUGCGUCAAUUAAAUGAAUUAUUAAAUCGUCAUUCUUAUGUUGUUGCUACAAGUCAUUUUAUAAAAACCCAUUAUCAGCAUGCAUUAGAUGAUUUUGGCGAUGAAUAUGAUUUAGAAGCAUAUUCAUUUAUUCGAAGUUCACAAAAUAAUUUAUAUUCUUAUCGUUUACCACCAUACCGUGAUCAAAUUAUUCUAAUACCUUAUUCACAAUUGGAUGUAAGAGAAAUUGUGUUGUUAAAUCGAAAUAUUAAAAUGACAUUUGAUGAAUGGUUAAGUGAUAAUGUAACAGAAGUUUUGAGUCCAUACACAAAUGGUGCGGAAAUUACACAUUUUUUUUCAUUUUCAAAAUUUUCAUGUUCAGAAAUAAAAAGUUUUUCAAAAUUAUUCAGUUCGUUGAGAAAUACAGAUACAUUUAUCGGUUGUACAGAGAAUGAAACUGUCCAUGCUCGAGAACACCUUGGGAUAACAAAAGAUGUAGAUAUUUUUAAUGAAUAUGAAACAACAUCGCGUAGUCUAAACGGAUAUAGUGAAAGACAUCAUUUAAACGGAUCAAUAACAAGCAAAGAAGAUGCUCAUUUGGCAAUCACUUGGAUUGUAACAGUUCAUCGUCAUCAGAAUAUUGUGGCAUCAGCAGAAAUUGGUACACAACGUAAUAAUUACAAAGCAAAACUUCAUAUAUGGGAUCAUGGAUCACUUCAUACACUAUCUCAACUACGAAAAGAUCAAUUUAGUUCCUAUUUAUAUUUAAUAUCAUUUUCUUCUAAACCAAAUGAUGAUAUUAUAUUAACCGUUUCAAGAGAAAAACAACAAGUUGUAUUAUUAGUGGAUUGGAAACGAAAUGAAUUAUUAUAUAGUAUAGUAUGCAAUUCAGAGAAAUUAUUAUGGACAAGUUUUGUUUUUGACACAAAUGAUUGGUUAGCGUGUAUUAGUCGACAACAUUUAAUGUUUUAUCAUAUUAAUUGGAAUACUAAACCAUUGAGAAUAAAAGCUAACAAACGAGCAGAAGUCCAGAAUGUGUAUACCGGUGCUGCUACACAUGGUCUUAUUGAUAAAUUACUUGUGGGUGAUAAAGUAGGAAGUAUAUAUAUUUGGGAAUUAAAAGACGGUGUACCAAAAUUAGACCGUGUUCGAGAAUGUGUCACAGAUGACGAAAUUCAGAGUAUUACCCAUAUGAAUCGAGAUACAUAUGUGUUGGCUAAUCAAGGAAAAAUAAUCAUAUGGAAUGCAAAAUUAGAUACGAUUGAACAAUUUACCAUGAAUGUUGAUUAUGGUCAUAUACAAACGAUUUGUUGUUUCAAAGAUCAAAAUGGAACAUUUGCAUUUAUUGUGGGAACAAAACUCAAUUUUAUAUUACAAAAAUCAAUGGAUCGUCGAGAAUUUGUUAUUAUUAUGCAGGGACAUACAGGAAGUUCCAUAGCAGCCUGCAGCGUCGUCAGUUCAGAUACAUUUUUUUCAGUUAGUGGUGAUCGUUAUUUAUUUAAAUGGAAUAGUGAAUUAAAAUCUGUCGAAUGGACAACGAAAUGCACGCAACCAAUAUCUUGUUGUGAUGUUCAUCCAGAUCGAAAUGUGAUUAUUUUGGGUACUGAAACAAGUAAAUUGUUGUUAUAUGAUACAUUAACAAGUUAUUAUAUUGCAACGGUGACGCUGAAAGUCAAUACAAAUAAACGGACAAUUAAAUUACAUUCAUCAGCAAUUGCUGUCUCGUCAAAUUUAGUUAUAUGUACGAGUAAAGAUGGUUAUGUUCGAUUAUUUAAAAACCGUUAUGAGAAAAAUCCUCAAACAAUGCAGUUUGGUUUAGUCAUUUUUAUUGCAAAUACACAACAAUUAUUUACCUGUCCUUAUUUACAAGUCGACGAACAAAUCAAACUAUUGAAUUUACAGAAAAAUUGCAUUACAAAAAUUGCCAAUCUUGAACAUUUAAUAAGUUUGAUAGUAUUAGAUCUAUGUGAAAAUGAAAUUGACCAAAUAUGCGGACUCGAUUGUCUACUAUCAUUAAGAAUUUUAAGAUUGGCUAAUAACAAAAUUCGACAAAUUCGAAAUUUAGACAAUCUUAAAAAUCUCGAUGUUUUAGAUUUGAGUAAAAAUCAGAUCUCUCGAAUUGAAAACUUGAAAAAUUUAACACAUUUAAGGGUGUUAAAUUUGGCAUUUAAUCAAAUUGAAAAAUGUGAAAAUAUUCAUAAUCUCCAAAAUUUAGUUGAACUUAAUUUGCAAGGAAAUCUGAUCACAAUAACUGAUAUUGAUUCACUACCAAUUCAACGAUUAUUUUUAAGUUUUAAUAAAAUCAGACGAUUUCACGAUAUUCGUUGUAUAUCAAAAAUAGCAUCAUUAGAAUGUCUAAGUCUCGAAGGUAAUCCACUUGCAUUUACGGCUGCUUAUGAACAAAUUAUUUUAUCGCAGUCGACAAACAGCGGUAAACUAUAUGAACAACAACAGCCAUUGCAAUCGGUCUCUAUUGAUCAAUGUAUUAAUCGUGUUGUACGUUCGAAAGCAUCAGUCACAUUAAUAAAUUCGAGUACGUAUAAUACGAACAUAAACAAUGUAACACAGUUUCAAUAUCAAUCUGGUACACAAUCACAGCAAGAUUCAAUAAGUGCAAGAAGUGAUGUAGAAUUUGAGAAUACGAGUAUGGGCAGAACUGGAUCACAGAUGGUUAAUCGAAGAUUGUCAACUAUGCAAACACAAAAAGAUCUAGCAACUUCAAAUAAAAUUAAUAAUGUUGUUGAUGGUCUAAAUUCUUUAUCAGGUGAAAAACUGAAUCCUAUAAUUGACCAACGUUGUUUAUUGGCAAAAAAUUUGGUUCAACAAUCAAUCGAUGAGGCAUUUCAAAAAGAAGCUUCAACUAUUCAAUUGAAACAGUUCUGGCCAAUAUUAUUCACUCAAAUAUCCAACGAAGCUCUACAGAACACAUAG